AUGGCGGCUGGCAUCUGGCUGGCUGAACGCAUUCCUGUGAAGUGCAACCUUGGUUCCAGGCAAUGCAAGGAUGGUUUGGAAUGUGUGCUCCACAGCCAUGUAUGUGAUGGGGAGCCUGACUGCAGUGAUGAAUCUGAUGAAGAAGGUUGUGAAGUAGCUUGUGCUGAAGACCAAUUUCAGUGUGCACAUGGGAAGAAGUGCAUUAACAAGGAUGAAGUGUGCGAUGGUGUACUUCAAUGUCAGGACCGAUCAGAUGAAUUACAUUGUUCAAAACCAGAUGGAUGUGUUCACCUCUGUGACAAUGACAACCGCUGCUUACCUGAAACUUUGCUGUGUGAUGCAGAAAGAGACUGUUUAGAUGGAUCAGAUGAGGAAAAUUGCGAGAAUGUGAAUGAAGAGGCCAAGACAACCACCAUGCAGCCAGACAAGUUUGUGUUUAAACCUAUCAAGUGCUCCUUGGGUUCACUACCCUGCAAAGACAACAGUGAGUGUGUCCUCUUCAGCCAUCUCUGUGAUGGAGAAAAUGACUGCAAUGAUGGCUCGGAUGAGGAGGAAUGCUCAUCUACUUGUGAACAGGACCAGUUCCAGUGUGCCCAUGGUAAAAAGUGCAUAGAAAAGAAUCAAGUAUGUGAUGGCGUGCCUCAGUGUCAGGAUCGGUCUGAUGAACAGAAAUGCACUAAAGACAUGGAGGGGUGCGCUCACUACUGUGAUGGUGGAAACAGCUGCAUUCCUAAAAGUUUCCUUUGCGAUGGGGAGAUCGAUUGUUAUGAUGGAACUGAUGAGGCAAACUGUGUUACUGACUGCAGUACCAGUGAGUUUAGGUGCACUAGUGGUCAGUGUAUAUUGGCUACAAUGCAUUGUGAUGGUCACCCAGACUGUUGGGAUCAAUCGGACGAAGAAAGUUGUAUUAAAACACCAGUCUGUAUAACAAAGCAACGUUGUCCUCAGAGCAAAGAGUGCCUAGUGCAGGAGUGGCUCUGUGAUGGGGAAAAGGACUGCAAAGAUGGCACAGAUGAGAAGGACUGUCCGGUUUUGGCUCCUCUGAGUUGUGGUGAUUUUCAGUGGUCAUGCCAAUCAAUGACCAUGUGUAUCCCUGCUGCCUGGAGGUGUGAUGGCACAAAAGAUUGUCCCGAUGAAAGUGAUGAAACUGACUGCGGGUUGGUUGCAUGUCUUCCUCAUCAGUUCCAAUGUGGCAGUCUGGAGUGUGUGGAGCAAUCUCUGGUUUGCAAUGGAAUUAGAAAUUGCACAGAUGGUUCAGACGAGGAUGGGAGCUGCCAGAUAAACUGUGCUGAAGCAGAUCUUAGCCGCUGCUCUCAGGGCUGUUUCAGCACACCACUUGGUCCGCGUUGUCACUGUACAGUGGGCUACAGACUCGCAGAAGAUGGAAUGACCUGUGCUGAUAUUGAUGAGUGUGAAGGCCACCAAUCACUUGUUUGCAGUCAAUUGUGUAUAAAUACUCUGGGUUCCUACAAGUGUGACUGUCAUAUGGGCUACAUUAUAGACACAGAUGGACACAACUGCAAAAUCAAGGGGGAACCUUUACUGUUGUUGUCAAUCCAAACUGAUCUAUUCCUGUUUGGGUUGCGCACUGGCCACUUGAAUGUGUUGUCUUCUGCCAAAAAGGCAAUUUUAUCUCUGGACUACGACUGGCACGAAAGGAUGGUGUUUUGGGUCAGUCUUGACACUGACAGCAUCAGGUGGUCCUCAAUGGAUCAAAAGACCACAGGAACUCUGAUUACAGGUGUGCGGGCAGAUUCUUUAGCUUUCGACUGGUUUGGAAGAAAUUUGUACUGGAUUGAUGGUGUGGACGGUCAAAUUGUUGCCAUUAAACUGUCUGGUAGUUCAUCAUACUGCGUUAUCCUGGAUGAAGACUUGGAUCAGCCUCGCUCCCUUGCACUCUUACCAGAAAAGGGAUUGAUGAUCUGGACUGAAAUUGGAAACGUACCAAAGAUUGAGAGGGCUGGAAUGGAUGGUUCAGAGAGGCGUUUGCUGGUUAAUUCCAGUUUAGGCUGGCCUGGUGGUGUGGCAGUAGAUGCCCUUACUGAUCGAGUCUAUUGGACGGAUGAGAAGCUAAAGGCAAUAGGGUCUGCAACGCUUGAUGGCGGUGACAUUCAGAUUCUACAGAUGAAAGAGACCACCAACCCGUUCUCCCUUGCUGUGUUCAAUGACAUGCUCUUCUGGUCUGAUGCUAAGAGAAGAGUGGUUCUGGCUGCACAUAAAGUAACUGGCAAAAAUGUUCGUGUUUUGUUGAAGAGACUAAGACAACCUUUUGGUGUAAAGAUUGUUCACCAAAUAUUGCAACAAAGCAAAGGGAAUCCCUGCAAAAAGAUGGAGUGUUCACACUUAUGUGUGUUGGCCCCAGGGCGCAAAUCUGUGUGCAAGUGUCCCUCAGAUCUUGUACUUUCUGAUGAUGGUCUGACUUGCACCAAUCUGGUUGAUACAGCCUUCCUGCUGCUCUUAUCUUCCUCCACUGUCACCAAGCUUUACCUGCAAGCCCGACACAUUUCAGAAGCACUGAAAGGUUGGCCAGAACACAAAGUGUUACAGAUACCAAGCGUCAAUGAAGCAACAAUAAUGGACUACAGCCUUCAUGAGCACACCCUCCUCAUAGCUGAUGAUGGCACAACUUCCCUCAGCUCAUUCAAACUAAAAGACUUUAAUUUGAUUUCUGAAGGUCAACUUCUUAAACUCCUUGGCGACACAAUCACUGCUAUGGCCUUGGACUGGAUAACCUUCAAUCUUUACUGGAGCAGCAAUAAGCAACCCCGCCUGCAUGUCACCUCCAAUGGUGGUGUAUAUACUACUGUUUUGAUAAAAGAUGGUAUUGGUGCAAUAGAAUCCAUUGCACUCCACCCACCAAGGGGCAGUGUUUGUUUCACCAAUAAGGUUCUGCAGGAUGCUGGCACUGUAGCUACUAUUGAGUGUGCCAACAUGGAUGGUGCAGAGAGAAGAGUAGCGUGGAAGAAUGGUGUCCAACCAAACUCCCUGGUCUUCUCCAGUGACGGAGAAACAAUUUUCUGGGCUGACACUAGUCUCUCUGUGAUUGGGUCUGUUCGACUUGAUGGGUCUGGAUACAAAGAACUGAAGGUAGCAGAUGGAUUAGUUGCAGUUGCUGUCAGUGAAGAUACACUUCUCUGGAUGACUGUCAGUGAUAAGACCAGGCUGUGGUACACUGAUGACCAACAGGAAAACAAGUUGUGGUUUGAGGUUGGCACAGCAGUCAUCAGCAUGAAGGCAAUUAGUAAAUCUAGUGAGGCCGGCUCUAACCAGUGCAAAGUAAAGAAUGGCAACUGCCAGCACCUGUGCUUGGCCACCCCGAUUGGUCGAACAUGCAAAUGUGCCAAUGACCACAUAAAUGUGAAUGCUACCCACUGCUCCCCAGAACAGCGCUGUCCUGUUGGCAGUCGGUCUUGUCUGAAUCAACUUUCAUGUCAAUCUGAUGAAAAGUUCUGCGAUGGACAUGUAGACUGUUCGGACCAUUCAGAUGAGAACUGUGCCAAUUUAAAACUCUCCACUGGAGUCGAGAUGCCUGAUCUCGCAGUCUCUCCAAUCUCCUCCACUGUACCAUCAACUCACACCAGCUCCAACUUUAACACUACUGCAAAUGUCAACAAAGAAUUUUUAGAUGUCAAUGCUGAAACGUGUAGCCAGAAGCGCUGCAAUGGAAAUGGACGCUGUGCUGUUCGACAUGGGGAAAAUAUUUGUUUUUGCAACUUGGGGUACAGUGGUGCUUCAUGUCUGGUCUAUUCCCCACCAGUUGGCAUUUUGUUUGCAGCAUCUGCCGUCGGUGCAGUGGUGGUCACUGUUGUGAUCGUACUGAUUAUAAGGCGGAAUAGCCUGGCUUCUACAGACACCGUGAAGGAAACGAGCAUGACUGACCUAGAGGGCAAAACUGCAGCAGCUCCCCAUACAGACACAUCGGUAGCAAGCCAUGAAAAAGAGGUAGCACUAAAGCUGAAACAUGACAUUGGUUAA